GCUUGGACUUCUUCCAAGAGAAGGCAUACCCAGGUCGCUUGAUCUAGCAUAUCACGCCUUGAAGCCAAGCACCACAGGUGGAAUAUUUGGCUGAAAGCUAUCAAAAGGGAACCGCAUUAAAGCUCUUUACAGAGCUGCUGUGGGGUGGUAUCGUCCAUUGCUUGUAUCCAGCUGUGCACGAACACGAUCGUUGAGCACUUGCGUGGCUUCACGUAUAUUCCAUUCAAGAUGAAUCAGACGCACUCUUAUAUGGAGAUGCAUCCAGGAUCCCAUAUUUCUUCGGGCCCGUCCCCCUAUUCGCAUCCGGCAACUGCUGCGCCAAUGGGGCACUAUCAGCAGUAUCAACAACCUCCCGUGAUGCCUCCUGCAUCCACGCAGUACGGUCAUUCUCAGCCUUACAGCAACUAUGGCUAUCCAAAUGGCGUUACCUCGCCACAAUCUGCGACAGGCCCCGUCUCUCAACCGGUUAAUUCCUUGCCCGCCAUGAGCUCAAUGACUCCGCACUCUUAUGUGCCUCAGACUCCAACUCUACCUGCUCCCAAUCAAGCCUAUCCAGCCCAACAGCAGCCUUUCGACACGACUGGACAAAUUGCCCCCCCUGGGGUGAAACCAAGAGUCACGGCAACGCUCUGGGAAGACGAGGGGAGUUUGUGUUUCCAGGUCGAGGCCAAAGGUGUCUGUGUCGCUCGUCGCGAGGAUAAUCAUUUCAUCAACGGCACGAAGCUUCUCAACGUUGCUGGAAUGACUAGAGGCCGGCGCGAUGGCAUAUUGAAGUCCGAAAAGACUCGUCAUGUCGUCAAGAUUGGCCCGAUGCACCUCAAGGGAGUUUGGAUUCCUUUUGAGCGAGCUCUGGAUUUUGCAAAUAAGGAAAAGAUCACCGAUCUUUUGUAUCCACUCUUUGUACACAAUAUCGGUGGGCUUCUGUAUAAUCCGGAGAAUGCUCCUCGGACCAACAGCUUGCAAACCACGGCAGAGCAGCGUCGUCGCAUGGAUAGCGUGGAUUCGGGGCGCGCGCCUCAGUCCGGUCAGACACCAGCGCUCCAACAUCAUAAUACUAUGCCGGGGUCUGGUCAGGCACCACCCACACCUCAAUCCAUCGUCCCGCAUCCAAAUGCUGGACGUCCGGGGAUCGAUCGGGCGCACACUUUUCCGACACCCCCGACUAGUGCAUCGAGCGUGUUGGGCAUGGGGAAUCAAGGCAGUUCGUAUGAUUGGGGGAACCAGAACGCUCCAAAUGGGCCAAGUGGAGGUCAACCUCUUUCGAUAGAUACAGGCAUUAAUGCACUGUCGAUGCCGACCACGCCUGCCACGACUCCUCCUGGGAACGGAGGUCAGGGGAUGCACUCUUACUCUGGCCAACCAGGCUAUGAAUCCAAACAUUACUACAGCACGACUCCAAGCUCUCAGACUGGGUAUGCGCAGCAACCAGAUGGUACUCGCUAUGGCCAAGGAAUGCAAUCCGCUGGGUACGGCAAAAGCGACAUGGGUCCGCCACUAGGCCCAGGCAACGGUACAGGACCGGAUGGCCGCGACCCCAAGACCGAAGCAUAUGCUUCACAUGCGCAUGGUUCCCAACACGAAAGCGAUCAUCCCGACAGUGGUUACAUGAGUGCGAAUGCUGGCGCGUAUGGUUCUAAUCGCGGUCAAUAUGCUUAUGGGGGCGUCGGUGAGCACCCACACAUGUCGCCUGAGCAGAUCACUGGCUCUCCAACUCAUCAAACUGGUUCCGGUCAUGCAACCCCAAGAACGCUGCCUUCAGGCCAACCACAGUGGGCUUCAGAAUAUCAUACACCGCCUCGCGGUCCGAGUUCGAGCAAUGUCUAUAAUGUGAUCGGUCAUGAUCGGACUCCACAAGGUGGCCCGGUUGAUACUUACGGUAACCCGCAAUAUUCGAGCGGUCAUCCCGGAGGACUGUCAUCCGUGAAGAGAGGGCGAGAAGACGACGAUCAAGGACGACCAGGAAGCCGCGAUUAUGACGGGUACGAGUCCAAGCGACGCAAGAUGGGACACCAAGACUUUGGCAUGCCACUGCCACUGAACCCUCCCUCACAUAUGCAAGCCAUCAAAACUGGUGGACAGCGGUAGGACAGCAGUAGAGUUCCACCAGUUCUCUCGUUUGGAUGGGUCUUGUCACGGCGAUCUCAGAUCUGGCGCCGAAAAGGAUGGCUCGCAGACUGCGAUCGACUCGGAAUCCGAGGUUAUGCCUCAUCACGACACGAUUCGAAAAAGCGAUUACGAACUUAACGACGGCCAG